UAGAGAAAAGAGAAAAGUGCGAGGAAAAGUUGGAAAUCGCUCUAUGCAAAAAUCGGAAAAAUUCAAAUUCGUGUAAACUUUACGACAGACAAAGUGAAACAUUGCAAGUGCAAACGGCCAUUUGUUCCCAGCACUACAUCGCAAAUAUAAAUAAAUUUAGUGUCGCGAGACGAAAAGGAGUAUUUUUGUGAGCUGUUUUCAAGCGAAAUGGAUGAGAAUCAUAUUGAUGGGAACACGGCGAUUAAUCAGGAUGAGCUGAUCCUGCAGCAGCAGCGACAAAUUGAGAAGGAGAUUUCUGAGACCACACCGCUGGUCAGCGAACUGCAAACCAUCUCAACAUUAGAUGCUGAAUACAACGAUGAUCCCGUGUACAGUUCCAAAGUGAAAGACUUGGCGUCCAAGUACACAUCCCUGAGGCGCACUCGUCCGGACGGCAAUUGCUUCUUCCGGGCCUUCGCGUACUCCUACCUCGAGAACCUCAUCCACAAUCGCGAGGACUACGAGCGAUUCAAGGAAAAGGCGGUGAACUCCAAGGACAAACUGAUCUCACUCGGACUGCCACAAUUCACGCUCGAGGACUUCUACGAGACGUUCAUGGAGGUGAUCCAGCGCGUCGCCCCGCCGGAGAAUGCGGAUGAGGCCAACACCAAUGCCAUCAACGAACUGCAUCGGCUGUUUAACGAGCAGGGCUUCUCGGAUUACGUGGUGGUGUACUUGAGACUCAUCACUUCCGGUCAAAUCGAGGAGAAUGCCGACUUCUAUCAGGACUUCAUUGGCGGCUACGCGUCCGUGAAGGAGUUCCGCCACCAGGAGGUGGAGCCCAUGUACAAGGAGUCCGACCACAUCCACAUCAUCGCUAUCUGCUCAGCUCUGGACGUAGGAGUGCGUGUGGAGUACAUGGAUCGUGGUGAUGGUGGUCAAGUGAAGGCUCAUGAUUUCCCUGAGGACAAGACACCGCGCGUGUACCUCCUCUAUCGGCCAGGACACUACGACAUCCUCUAUCCAAAGGUAGACACCCCGACUGACGACCUCCCGGACUCGUAAGAAG